AUGUCCGUGGUACAAUCCAGGAUUUCAGGGGUCAGGUGGCAACCAAUUUUUGCCAGUGUUCCCCGCGGCGCCAUUCCUGCACAGGCUGAAGCUCUCAAACGACACCGCUUGUGCAUCGCUGUUGGUGAGUGCGGCAAAGAGCUGACCUCCUGCAGGGAUUUUGUCGCUCGGGUUGCCGGCCUUUGUGAUGCUAGUCGGCUCCUUCUGUGCAGCCGACAUGCGGCUGCAGGUGAUCUUGCACCGCCAGAAGUUGACCUAACGACAUGGGUUUUUGGACAGGUACAAAAGUCAAGCUGCUUGGGACAAAGCUUCCAUGCGGUCAUACUUUUCGAUCUGGAGGAGAUGAUGCCCGAAACGUUGUGGGCAGCCAUCGAAGCUGUGUGUGGAGGGGGCAUUGUUUGCUUUGUCAUGCCAGAAGAAAAUUCUGUUUCUAGGCAUGGCUUUUGUCCUCGGUUGAUGGCAGCCUUACACGGGGAGGCAUGCUGUUGGCAUGUCGACGCCCACCUGAAUGUUCUGCGGCCUGGAUCCAUGAAAAGCCACCCCAGCACCAGCAUCGCCGUGGCAGAGGAUCUGGAGCACUCGGAACUGGUCGCAGGAGCGGAUGACAUGCUGGAGCUUCGGGCUUUACAAGCUUUGGCUUGCACGGCAGAUCAGCACUAUGCCUUGAGAACUGCCCUCAAGGCAUUGAUUGAUGGGCAGGAACAUCCGCAAGUGGUUGUAUCUGGUAGGCGUGGCCGUGGAAAGUCAACCGUUGUGGGCUUGAUCAUUGCGGGGGUGAUUGCCAGGAGCAGUUUCACUUCUGUCAUCGUUGCGGCCCCAUGUCCCGACAAUGUGUCGGAACUGCUGCUGUCAUGCCGCCGUGGGCUGCAAGCGCUAGGCAUAGGCUGCAUCGCAUUGGGCGCUCAUGGUUUCUGCGCGCAUGGCCUAGAUUCCGGCUGUGAAGCGGUGCAAGUGGUGGUGGUCAGGGCUGAGAACGCCCACCCACUGCUUUCUGCUUUCUCUGCUAUGGGCCAUCGUGUGCUGCUCGUAAUGGACGAGGUGGCAAGUGUGCCAAUUACAAUCUGGAAAUCUCUCGCGUCUGCACCGGUAGAGGCCAUGAUUCUGGCUGGAACAACAUCGAGCUGUGAGGGUACCGGUUGUGCUAUCGAGUGGAAAGUAUUGCUGGAUGGCAGCACUUCCAAAGGACUGAAGCAGAUACGGCUGGUCUUGGAGGAGCCUGUGCGCUACGGACGUGGAUGCCCGGUGGAAGCACUCCUGGAUUCUCUGCUCUUCCUGGGUGCCGGUGCUGACAUCCCACUGCAUGACAUCGAGACAUGCUGUGAUCCACGUGACACGCGGCUCUGGGCGCUGGACUGUCCUGCCAUGGUUGCGGGCCAUGGUGAGUUCGCCACAGCCGUAUCAGCGCUUCUACAGACGCACUACCGCACAUCUGCAAGCGAUGUCACGAACAUGCUGGUGCAAGAGUACAUGCGGGCCAUGGUUCUGGUUCCGAGUGAGGCACCAGGACCAGGACAGCAACGAAGGCCGUUAGUUGUCUUGGUUUGCAUUCUCGAAGCUCCAGAGCUGCUGCCAGGUGACCGUGGGUCUAGCCGCCUGUCACGCUCGCACCUGACAACCUUCGCUUUGGAGCAGGACUUCCCAGAGUUUAGCCUCGGAAGCGUGCGAGGCCUACGUGUCGCACGCAUUGUGUGCGAUCCGCGUCUACGUGGUCGGGGCUUCGGAAGUGAGGCCUUGCAGCAGCUUCUCAUCCAUCUCAACAGUCCGAGUGUUCCCGAGGCAUCCUGUGUAGAGGACGAAGCCAGCUCAUUCUUGAGACCUCUAAGCUUGCCUUGCUGUGCCUGGCUGAGUGCAUCUUUUGGUCUGACGGCGCCCCUCCUUCGGUUUUGGUCUCGCUUGGGCUUUCAAGCAAUUGCACUGUCGCCAGUGUUGAAUCCACAGACAGGCGAAGUUUCGGUCGUGAUGCUGCGCCCGCUUUGUGGAGCCGGUGCUUCCUUGGAGGCAAUGCUGGCGUCGAUCCCGCUGGAGUUCAAGAGGCGCCUCGUCCAACGGUUGCCUGCUGUAGACCGUUCAGUUCCGGUCUCCCUUCUGGCCGCUGUUCUGUCGCUGAACAAGCCGAACACAGCACAGACCCUGAGGUUGGUGGCGUGCGACCUGUCUCAGCUACAGCGUCUCUUGCAGUCCCGUGAUCCGCUUCCAUGCUUGGCCCAUUCUGGCGAGCUACUUCGACAUCUCUGCGAGGCAUACUUCCUGGGUCAUCUGACGCCUCUGCAGCUUCAGAGGGAGGACGAGGAGUUACUGGUAGCCUUUGGUCGCCUUGCCCGUGAUCCUGCUUCCGAAGUUGAUCUCACGGCCAACCUGGCGGCACUUGCAGCCAAGCGAAUUGCCGGUGAGGUGGCCAAGACGUUGGGAGAAGGUCUUGGCAAGGAGGUCAAGGCUUGUCUCCGCAAGAUCGAUCAUGAUGGGCAGGAAUGGUGCGCCUGGCUGCCCGCAUUUCAUCACACGCACAGUGAUCCCACGGUCUUCAAGUCGGCCGGCCCCGAUGUGGACAUGCUUCUCCAGCUGAGCACCAGCUGGAGAUAUCCAGUUGAGGCAGAAUGUGGGGAGCUGGUCGUUCGGGCAGGCCUCUGCAAGACAUGGACUGGAGAAGUUGGGACGGGCCUCUGGCAGUUGGAGGCACAGAUCUUCCACAGAUGGCAGGUACAGGAGUUUCAUUGCGAACUGCUUGGGGUCGGGCCGGCCGAGAGAGCUUUCCAGCUAGAGAAGCCAAUCGAGCUGCCUGUGCAGCUCGUUAGCCCUGUGCCCAAUCCGGCAGAUGUUUACUUGCACAUCUGCUUCUUUGAGACCUUCAUGUCCUCUUAUUCUGCAUGGGGACCUUGGAGCAGCACUUGGCUGCCUCUGUCAGCUAUGGCCCAGCCCGAAGCUCAUCUCCAGACGGCCCUCGAGGUGGCUGAUGGAAGAGGCAUUGCAGAAGUGGAGCCAAGGCUACAUGUUUGCUCCACAUGGCAAUACCCCUUGCUGUACAACGGGUCCAAGCCGCAGCGUGGACGUGGCCUUUUGAAAUUGGCCAGCUUGACGAUGAAGGGGGUCGAGGCUCCUCGCCAAGUACGUGUCGAGAUUCAUGUUCUGCACUUCGUGCAGAAUUCCACCUCUCGUCUUGAUGAGGACACGGAGCUGCGCAUGCGUGUCCGUUUGAAGCAGAACAGGCCGUCCGCGCAGAACAAAUGA